GACGCCCUUUAUUCAAUGAAUGUCGGUUACGAAGUUUAUUUUUUUCCUUUGGAUUUUAGCUACAAUGAAACGAGCUGCCCAGCUAUGUUUAACGAUUUUGUGUGGGGCUUCAAUAACGAGUACUUCUCAACUCGUGGCUCUGGGUCCAGCAGUCGACAAGACUACGAGCGAAGACAUAGUCGGGAACGCUCCUCGGAACGACAUCGCAACGAAGAGUCAUCUUCCUCGAGACGGAGGGGGUAGGAUUGAGGAGGUGAUGAGAAUCGGGGGAGGGGGUCUUCGCCUUAUGGAGACCACGUGAGCAAAGAGACAAUGUUGCAUGGCAGCUACAACGACUACAUGCGAGAGUUUCACAAACAGAUGCAAAGAGCCUACCCUGGUUUUCCAGGACCGUUUCCACCCCCUUUCAUGGGGAUGCAGUUCUACCCGCCCCCAUUCUCAGUUCCUCCUCCCAACUUCGGAGCUGCUGUUCCCUCCAUUCCCACCAAAGAAGACGACAUAGAGACUCACGCGAAGCUGGUUGAUAAGUUCCUUAAAAAUACCCGACAUCGCAGCGACUCCUCGGCCUCCCGGUCGGACUACGAGGAUGAGGACGAGGACGAAAAUGUCAGUGACGACGAAGCUGCAGACGACUCACUCUCGGAUGGCGAUGCUUUCUCCGGCUCGUAUGAAGUGAGAGCGGGUAAAAGAUCUCGCCGGAGCACGAGUCGUCAACGCAGUGGUCGGACCAAUAAAAAGUCCACUCAUCGUAGCUCCUCAGUGGAUAGCGAAGACGAUGAAGACAAUUUCAUCCAAUAUUCGUCAAAGUCAGCCCAAAGGAAAUACUAAAACUGAAAUGAACUUGAUGUUAAACUAAAAUAGAGCAAACGUGAAAUAGUGUUGCUUUUUUUCUUAGAAACCCAAUUGAAACUUUUUGCUAGUACUGUGUUUAGUAAAUUCCAUUUGGGAUAAAUUAUAAAAAUGUGUA